AGCUGCCCCGUACAUCGUCCGUCCUGAUCGCUAUCAUCUCUUUAACCCACAUGCCUCCUCCAGCAAAUUCCCCGUCUGUGAGUUAUCAUUACUCCGUCCAGAUCUGAUGGUGUUGCGGCCAUCGUGCUGUUUCUCCAACUGACUCUGCUCCCAGAAUACACCUCCGUCGUUCGCUCCGUCGUUCCACGUACCCUCUCCGCCAUCUGUUGACCCCUCGGCAUUCCUGCAGAGUCGUGCUGAGCCGUCCCCGCUGCUGCACUCACUUCCACAACAGCCGCUACUGGACGACGAGGACGGCGAACGCGAAGAAGUUGUCCGGUCUCGUAUCAGGGCCUUGUAUGGUGCUGACGCCAGAGUUUUCCGUCAUUUAGCAGAGCUCACAAGGCCCAGCGGAAACGAGCAACGAAUGAGGAGAUCAGGUUCGGGCCGGAUGCGCCAGUCCUUAAGGGACAGUGAGGCCAGGCAAGCGCAAGACCAGGCAUAUGGAGCUCGGAUUCCGUCCUGGAGGCCUGGCCAGAGACAGUCGUUGUAUGACUGGGCCCCAGCAACUCCGCCCGAGGAGGAUUCUGAGAGUCGGCCCACAGCCGGACGCGCGCUGGCUGGUAUGUUUGAGGGUUUAAUCAAUGCACGUUCUGAAUCUUCUACUAGGAGUUCAUCGUUCAUGCAAUCUCUCCGCCCGCCCAACCGGCGGCCGAUACGCUCGCGACCACAAUGGCAUGGUUAUUCUUGGGAGCGUGAACGAGAGAGGCAACGAGAUGGGAGGGAGGAUUCAUUCACUUAUCAUGAAUGGAGUAACCCCGAGGUAAUACAUCGCUCACGACCAAUCAGGAUACGAGGUGAGAAUUUCAGAGAUUCUGGUCCAUCCAGUUCGUCUUCCUAUGAGCUCGAGGAAGUCAUAAAAUACCUCGCCAAACUGCGAUCCAGCAGUGGUCCCCAGGAAAGCCUGCUGCUCGCCGAGAAGGCCGGGUUUGGUCGCAGCGACGACUGGAUGGAAUUCCUCGACGAGGAAGCGCGAUGUGAUGAUUUACUACUAGACACUCAUUUUCUAAAUGUCGCCGAAACCUCGUGGCUAAAAGUGGGUGGAAUCUUUUGGGGUUCCCAGACGACCCCGCCAGUACUCCCGGCCGCGCCUCCGCGGUCCAACCAUUCAUCGGCCUCGUCGACCUCAUCCCUGCCUUCAAACACAACUGCCGCUGCAGUCUCUCACCAAGAUGAAUCCCGCCGGGUUCCUGGAAGAACUUCCCCUUACGCCAAUACCCCUCAUAAAUGGACUGUAAAAGUCAGCAUAUCAAGCAUCGAUUAUGCCCAACUGCGCUUGAGUCAGUAUAUCUCAUCCUACGUUAUCACGCGUUUUUUUUCUGACCGGCCGGGUUUGCAGCCGGGACCAUGGAGGCAUUUACAGACUUCCAACCCUCGUCCGCUGAGAGGAAAACCAGCAUAACAACAUACCUGGAAGGAGAAAUAAUAGAUUUCAAAACGCACAGCUUGGAGACCUUCAACUUCCAUAGUAACAUCAAGGACGAUGCAAAUAACUGGCGCAAGCUUGAACCAUUUUCCCGCCUACCCGAUGAUCAACUCGUCAAAAGCCUAGUUUCCAAGAAGUUCAUGAAAAACCUCACUGAAAACUGGAUAUUCAUGAGGUGGAAAGGUGAGCCCGAAACCCCCGUUUAUCAAUCAUUUACGUCAAGGGUAAAGGCUAACCUCUUUUAGAAAAAUGCUUCAUAACCCCCCAAACCUCACCAGAAGUCGGUGUUCUAACUAUAGGCGGCUUCUACUUCCUUUCCCUCCGCCGCUCAGACGGCCAAAUCCAGGGCUUUUACUACGACCCCCAAAGCCAACCAUACCAAGAACUGAGCCUGAAGCCACAAAAGCGAAUGUUCCCAACCUACGCAUUUCGAUAAACCCCCCUCUUUUACCCCCUUCUAUUUUCCACUGGAAUAUAUGGGAAAAGUCAUUUAAUUAAUAGUCUCACUGCUUCUUUGCCCCCCUGACUCAAUUUUGAUAUUAGUCUUGUUCCUAUGAUGCUUCGGAUUAUUAUUUUUUAGGUGCGAUGUGGUGUACUAUACGGAAACAUGCCCUUUUUUUUGUGCUCCCUACUUUCUAUUCUAUCCACGCCUCUGAUAUCUAAGUUUUGGGUUAAGUUAACUACGGUAUUUUAUCUUAUCUUAUUUUAUUUAGUGGAUAUGAGUUAGAGGGUUGGGUUGGCUGUGUUUUUGUCCUGGUCGCUCGAUCGUGAAACAGAAUUACGAAAGAAAAAAAAGGAAAACAAGAACAAAACGGGGGGCGAAGAAUCGGUAGGGGGGUGCUGAGGGGCAAGGCACAAAUCGUGGUUGUACCGGUAUUGCUUGUAUCGUUCGUUCCCACUGCAGGACUGUUUUUGUGUAGGGGAGAGAAACAACAAAAGUAUGAGAGUCAAACUGCAGUACACUGUAGAAUACGCUAUUGGUACCAUUUCCAAGCGUUCAGGAGAGCCCGCGGCACGCAUGCACUUGUGCCAAUAGGCAACUUGUUGGCUAGUAGGCAAAAAACCCAUUGUUAUGCGCUGACAACUAUGGUAUCAUACCAUACCGGUAAGUUAGACGGACAGGAGCCCUGUAGUAGGGCUUGCACCCCCCGAACCGCACAUCUGGGGACUGGCAUCAUACAUAUGAUCCUCCAUGCCACACCCCCCGCCCGUAACCCAACCACGACACACUAACCCACCAACGAAAAAAAGAAGAAAAAAAGAAUCCUAUUAUAGCCAAACCCAGGCUGCCAGCUCUCGCACCCGCCCUUCCUGACUGCCACGGAACACCCACGUACAGUAGCCCGUGAAUGCGAACGCUUUGGCGUAGGAAGUGCAGGUUUCCUCACGGGGUCGGAUGAAGCAGGGGGAUUUGGUGGGAGGUGAGGGCGGGGAACGGGAUGGAUGAGUCAGGCGUUGAUCUGGGAUGAUGGCACUGGAGGUGGAAGUCGGAUACCGGUACUGUGCUGUACUGUACGAGUACAUCUGGUUGGUUGCCGACUGUAGUGUCUCAGCGCACUUAGGCGCUCUUUUAGCGCUGUGCAGUAACCCAGCAAAGGUUUCGAGAGAGCUUCCCCUGGGCGGCGUGUUAGGAUCUGGAAAUAGACUUGCCGCUUGGGAGGGGGCUGAUUCGGGGUUGAGGGAUUGAUGGAAACGUGAUCUAUAGUUGUUUUUUGUUUUCUUCGCUCCCGCGGCGGUCAACCAAAGGCCUGGCGGGCGGCUCGGGAUGUCUGAGGUUCCCGGACCUCAUUUCCAUAGGGCAGGCAAUCGAGCUAUGUAUGAUACCAACCGAAGAUAUAUUGCCAACUCGCUCUUGGAGAAGUGCCGCUUACGAGGUUUUUU